CUCGAGCUGCUGCCAGCCCCGCCGCGCGGGGCGCCGGAGCCAUGACCCUCCGCCGACUCAGGAAACUGCAGCCGAAGGAGGAGGCGUCAGCCGCCGCCCGGGCUCCCGACUCCGAAGUCGCUCAGGUCCGGACCUCGGCCUCGGGCCCCCCCGCCGGGGCCGCCAGCCCGGGACCCCCCGGGGACGAGCUGUACGCGGCGCUGGAGGACUACCACCCCGCCGAGCUGUAUCGCGCGCUCGCUGUGUCCGGGGGUACCCUGCCCCGCCGAAAGGGCUCAGGAUUCCGAUGGAAGAAUCUCAACCAGAGUCCUGAACAGCAGCGGAAAGUGCUGACUUUGGAGAAGGAGGAAAACCAGACCUUCGGCUUUGAGAUCCAGACUUAUGGCCUUCACCACCAGGAGGAGCAGCGUGUGGAGAUGGUGACUUUUGUCUGCCGGGUUCACGAGGCAAGCCCUGCCCAGAGGGCUGGGCUCACACCAGGGGACACCAUCGCCAGUGUCAACGGCCUGAAUGUGGAAGGUAUCCGGCAUCGAGAGAUCGUCGAUAUCAUUAAGGCAUCUGGCAACGUUCUCAGGCUGGAAACUCUGUACGGAAGGUCAAUUCGGAAGGCAGAACUGGAGGCUCGUCUGCAGUACCUAAAGCAAACCCUAUACGAGAAGUGGGGAGAAUACAGGUCCCUAAUGGUGCAGGAACAGCGGCUGGUGCAUGGCCUCGUGGUGAAGGACCCAAGCAUCUACGACACAUUGGAGUCGGUGCGCUCCUGCCUGUACGGAGCUGGCCUGCUCCCUGGCUCACUGCCCUUCGGGCCCCUGCUGGCCUCGCCUGGGGGCCCCCGUGGGGGUGCGCGGCAGGCUGGGGGUGACCCAGAUGACGCCGUCUACCAUACGUGCUUCUUCGAGGGCACCGAGCCGCCUGCUCCCCCGCCGCCCCCUGCCCGCUCGCCAGGCCUGGGCCCAGCUGAGACCCUGACCUCCGGGCUGCGGGCAGGGUUGAGCCGCAGUGCCAGCGUGCGGUGCGCGGGCCCCGGGGGCGGCGGGGGCGGGGGCGCGCCGGGCGCGCUCUGGACUGAGGCCCGCGAGCAGGCCCUGUGUGGCCCUGGCCUGCGCAAAGCCAAGUAUCGCAGCUUCCGCCGGCGGCUGCUCAAAUUCAUCCCCGGACUCAACCGCUCCCUGGAGGAGGAGGAGAGCCAGCUGUAA